GUCCCCCUAUAUUAACAUCUGUUAUGCUUGCUAAAGCUGGCGGCAACCCUGUUGGUUUGACAUUUGCCCAUAUGUCGACUUUGGACGUUGCUCUCUGCGCCUGUGUAAUUUACGUUAAAAUUCUAGUGGACAUAGAAAAUAUAAAUGAAUUUGGAGUGUAAUCAGAGUUUUUUGGAACACAGUGCGGUACGAAUGUAAUAUGGUUUUAGUAAAGUGCAUCGAAAUUCCUAAUAGUUUAUUAACGAAAAUUAAGUGAAUUCAAAGCUCCACUUUAAUGUUUGUGUAUGUGCGGUACGUUGUUGACAUGUCGUGAAUGUUAUUAUAUCCAUGAAUUGUUAAUUUCUCUCAAAGUUUAAGUUAAAAAAAAGCUACAAGUUUAUUUAUUUCCAUUUGCCUGCUAAGUUAAAACAUAAAACUGCUCAUAACAACUCGCAUACAGAUAUCAUCGUUAAAGCUUAAUUUUCGUCAACGAGUUUGAAAGUCAACACAAACGCGCCACAUUUAAUCCAAUCAAAAUUGAAAUUGAAAAACCAAGUCAACUAAAUCUAAAAGCGGAAAACUAUAUUUGCUACGUAUAAAUUUAAAUCAGUUGUGAUCUUAAAAUUCACUUAAAAAAAACAUUUAAAACACGUCGCACAGUUUAUAUAAAUAUUAUAUUCCUAUAAAAAUUUGUUCAUCAUGACGCACUGGGAGGAUUUUUAUAAUACACAUUUACCGCCAACCGAUUUCGAGGAUAAUCGCUCGUUAUUGAAAGAAUUUUGUGAACGACACAAUAAAUUACAGAACCGUAUCGUCCUUGUAACGUCAGGUGGGACCACAGUACCUCUGGAGCACAAUACCGUACGCUUUGUAGAUAAUUUUAGUGCGGGCACACGUGGCUCAGCAUCUGCCGAAUAUUUCCUCGAUCAGGACUACGCCGUUAUAUUUAUGUAUCGCGUCAAGUCACUAGAACCGUUUACACGUCACCUUACCGGCCAACAAUUUUUUGAUAUGCUCGACAUCACUGAUAAUGGUCAAAGUACAUCCAUUACGGUGAAACCGGACUCCGUUGAUGUAUUCGCACCGAUAUUAGCCAAAUAUAAGCAAGCCCGCGAAUCCCAAAUGAUUUUGUAUGUUAAUUUUAAUACGGUGGCGGAUUAUUUGUGGCUAUUACGUGCCGCAUGUGAAUGUCUGGCGGCGUUCGAGGAGAGAGCGUUGUUAUAUUUAGCAGCGGCAGUAUCAGAUUUCUACGUUCCUCAGGAUAUGAUGCCUACUCACAAAAUACAGUCCGGUCAAGGUGCACCCACAAUCUCGCUGCAGUUGGUGCCAAAAAUGCUUGCGCCACUGGCAAGUCUCUGGGUGCCACAUGCAUUUGUUGUCUCAUUCAAGCUGGAAACAGACGAGAAUUUAUUGAUUACCAAGGCGCGCGAUAGUCUCUUCAAGUAUAAUCAUAAGAUGGUUAUUGCGAAUAUUCUACAAACACGUAAACAUCGCGUCGUUUUCGUUUCGCCAACCAUGUCGUACGAAGUGCAUCUGAGCAGAGAGCAAGCGCUGCAAGGACUCGAAAUUGAGGAGCCGAUUGUUGCCGAUCUCGUGAAAAGGCACAGUGAAUACAUAAACGGAGCAUCAACGAAUCGACAAUGACCACAGUCGGUGCGGCAAAGACGUCACAUGCAGGUCGACUGUCGCGUGACAACACCACAUUUUUGUCGUCUAUUGAAUCCAGGACCAGGCGUCGGCCGUAAAUAUUAAUUUAAGGUAAAUGUGUGUGUACUACAUCGCUAUAAGUGAUAAUCUAUAUAUAUAUAUAUAUACAUAUAAAAAGUGGGGGAAAGUUAUUGGAAAAGCAACAGAGGCAAUAGCAUCGGAUGAAGGUUAUAUCACAAUUAGUUUAUAAAAAUAACAUAAGAAAUAUUAAAGUACUCGUACAUAUAUAGUUUUUAUACAAUAAGAAUGCAACAGAGAAACAAUAUACGAUUAAAAGUAACUUUCAUAUUUUUUACACACAUCUGUAGUAUACAUAUAUAAUAUACAACCCAUAUCUGACGCCCUAAAAUACCUCUUAUAACCAUACACGGUAUAUUGUACAUUAGUAUUUUUGGUUGUCUAAAAAUUUUCGAAUAUUUUGUCCACAAAAUUACGGCAUAGAAAACAGAGCGAGUAUGUACCAUUUCUUGUAUCUUUUUUGGUUUUUACUUAUCUUACUUAUCUCAUAAAAGCUCAGUAAAAUAUUAUUUGCAAUACCACAGAUUAUUAGAAUUCUUCAGAUCUCUAAAUCGGAUAUUAGCUCAUGGGGUCUAAGAAAAUAUCUUGAAUUGACUGCUACAUUGCUCAUUUCCCUGUGAGAUAACUUCCCCAAAAACACAGUGUGUUGCAUAAUAAUAUGCUUGAGGGAUUCUAAGAUCCAUAUGUAAAAGCUUUACUACUUUUUCCACUCCUUGGAGUCUUGUUACUACGUCUCUUAGUCGUCUUCGUUUCUGCCUUCGACUUCUUUGGAUAUCUCGUUCCGAAUCGCCAGCUUUACUGUCUGAGUAUUGGCUUCCUAUAAAAAGCUUAGACUACAAAUUUUAAAGGAGAACUAAAACUUUCAUGUGUUCCUUUUGUUUCCGCGUAGUCGUCUACUGUGCUAUUCUGAUAUUCGCACUUGUUUGUCUUUACUUCAAAAACCCAGUUGAAUUUAUAUCGCGACACACAAAAAACUGAUAAAACGAUCAUACAAUAUUUACACUUAUAAACGUAGAAAAAGAAGAUCAAAACUGUAACAGAUCAGUGUAAUUAUAUUUAUUGUACUAAAUACGGAUUUAUAUAUAGAGCGAUUAACUGUUUCAUGUUUGUAGGUAUGUAAAAGGCUUUUGCAUUAUUACUUUUGCUGAUAUUAAAAAUAUUAUUUUAAACUGCAUUAAGUUUUUUUUUUUUAAGUACAGUCUGGUAGUGUUCAAUUUCAAUCUCGGAAGAUACAGUCGUGGUCAAAACAUUAGGUAUUUCAUUAUUAUUAUUAUUUUUUUUUUGGUCUUCUUUGUACAAAGUAUACUAAAAGCCUUUAGAAAACUUUGUAAAAAAUUUCUAUAAAUGUUAAAAAUGAAAGAAAAAAUAUGCAUUGAUGUAACGUAACGUAACGUAAUAUAUAAUGUAUAUAAAAUUCAAAACCCAGCUGCUAUAAAUAUCAUAAAAUCGCAAAAAAUAUUAAAGUUGUUAUUUUAUGAUGGCAAACAAGAAUACUAUUAGUGGAAGAAUUCGUAGUUGCUAAAUUGGUAACGAUCUACUACAUAUGAUAGAGCGUAAUGGCCGAUUAACAUAUAACUUUCCUCGAUUUGCAUGACAGUUCUUAAUUUGACAUCGAAGCGAAGCAAACAUAGGGUAUGUCAGAAUGCAUGCUGUGCUUUCGGUGUUUCUCUCUGUUAUUUAAAAUUUCGUGUUUUUUUGGAAAAAUAAAGUAAAAUAAACCGCGAUCCAAUCUAUUAAAAAAUAAAAUAGAAAAAAAAAGUAAUAAAAAUAGCGACAGCUGAUUGUCAAAUCACAACAAGAUGAGAGUUGCCCAGCAUUGUGCUUCGAUUUGCUUUGCUUCGCCUCGAAAAAAAUAUAUGAAUUUAUUCAUACAAAAGCAUAUCAGCCAUAAGUGUACGUGUGAGGUCAAAAUUGAGACUUCGUACCAUAUCGGGAUUUUCGCACUUAUUUCUUAAAAAGUAAACUAUUUUUAUUUAUUUAUUUAUUUAAUUAAUGGUGUACCAAAUAUUUUUGGCUAUUCUUGUGUGUUUCCACAUUUUCGAUUUUCAUAACAGAGUUGCUUAAACAUAACGCAUAAAUAAAUAAACUCUACCUUAAUAGUGAUGCCAGACUGUUGCUUUUAAAUAUUGUAUGCAGAGAAUGCUUCGUAGUAUAUAAACUUUUAAACUUUUCUUUUUUUUUAAUUCGUAUAAAGUUCACAAAACGGUUUUCAGCUACAAUUUUUAAUUAAUUCGUAUUCAUAUUUUGUGCAUUACAAAACUUGUAAUUUUGAGCAAAGUAGAAAUGUAUUUGAACUGUAUUUAUGCAGAAGCAUUUAUGGAUUCAUAGUUAUUAUUUUGCUUAAUUCUUUACUGCCGUUAUAAGCGUUCGUGCUAUGAACAAUUCCUCGCUGCUUUUAUACUAAUGCAUUCAUAAAUGUAUUUAUAUGUAUUUAUACGAGUACUUCAUAUCAAAAUUGCAAAGCAAACUUUAAGAAAUAAAAAUUAACAAAUAUUUGUUGCUGCAUACGGGCUUCGAAAGCACUAUCGUUUAUCAUAAUUUAUACGUUUCUUAUUGGAAGUAACCAUUGCAAAAGCAAGUAAUAUCAAAGCCCUUUAAAGCGUAACACUUGGAAUUGCUCUAAAAUUAUGGAAAAAUCGUAAUUAAAAGGAAUUAACACUUUAGCUUUACUGUAAAAAUUGACUUACUAUACAUAUAUGUACUUAAGUAUAUACAUAUGUAUGUAUAUGUAUGUACACAUAAUCAUUGUAAGAAAAAAAUUCGAAUUAUACACAAAAUACACCAACAAAAAUGUAAUUAAAUUGUAACGGCAUUGUUUGUUAAAAUGUACACAAAACGUUGUAUGUGUGUAAAACUAUGUGUGUAACUGUAUGUAAGUGGGGGGGAAAACUCAUAAAAUGAAUAAUAGCAAAUGUAAUUAGAUGCGUAUAAGUAAAUUUGUUGUAAAGCGUAGCAUAUAAAAUGACAAAUAAUAUAUGAAGUAAAUAAAGAUUUAAACGAGCUUUAAAUAAA